AUGAUUGUCAAACAAAGUUUGCAAGCAGAAAAUGAACAAGAGCAGCCACACCUCCUCACCUCAAUCAAGCUAAACAAAGAUUUGUUGAAGAGUGAACCCCCCAUUGAUCAUGAUCACAGUGAAGCAAAGAAGAGUGAUCAACCCUCGCAAUUCCUUUGUGGUAUAUGUUUUGAUGACAAACCACUGUCUGAUAUGUUCAAAGAUGGCAAGUGUAACCACCCCUUUUGCACUCACUGCAUAUCAAAACACGUGGUGACUCAAAUACAUCAAAGUAUUCUCAAGGUCAUUUGUCCAGACCCCAACUGUUAUGUGGAAUUUAAGCCUGAAUAUUUGCGUACCAUCUUGCCUUGUGAUGUCAUUGAUAGAUGGGAAUGUCUGAGACGUGAGUCUUUGAUUCUUGGGUCGGAGAAGACUUACUGCCCUUUUAAGGAUUGUUCGGUUUUGUUGGUGAAUCAGGGAGGAGAAGUUGCCACCAGUGCUGAGUGUCCCUCUUGUCAUAGGCGAUUUUGUGCACAUUGUAAGGCUCCUUGGCAUGGAAGGAAGAAAUGUGUGGAUGCAACUUCUGCUACAUUUGUGGGAAGAAUUGGAACCCUGAACAUCGAUGCAUGA